AUGCCUGAAAACCAACUCUCAGGUUACGCAGAUCAAGAUUUUGGAGUGUAUCCGAAUCUUACUUACAUUGACAUCAGUUACAAUAAGGUACAAGGGAAACUUUUUGCACAAUGGAGUGCCUGUAAGAGCCUGCAAUCUCUUCUAAUGGCUGGAAACUCAAUCAGUGGCACUAUACCAAAAGAGAUUUUUCAGUUGGACCAAUUAGAAGAACUUGAUCUAUCUUCCAACCAAAUAUAUGGAGAGAUUCCUCCCCAAAUAAGGAAUUUUCGUAGGAUGUCUGCUUUAUCUUUGAGCAGCAACAAACUAUCAGGUUUCCUACUGACUGGCAUUUGGAAGCUGUCAAAUUUGCAAACUUUAGACUUGUCAUCAAACAUGCUUAGAGGACAAGUCCCAUCCCAGAUAGGUGAUUGCACAACCUUGUUGUGUUUAAAUUUGAGCAAUAAUGACUUCGUUGGCAAAGUCCUAUACCAAAUGGGAAAUCUUGAAUUCUUACAAGUUUUUUGGGAGUUGAGUUUUAACUCACUUUCUGGUGAAAUCCCUGCGGAUCUUUGUAAACUCAAAAGCUUGAUAAGCUUGAAUAUGUCUCACAAUAAUAUGUCAGUGGAUUUGAGUCACAAAAAAAGCAUAUGUGGGAGGAUCCAAGGUUUGCAACCAUGCAUUGUCACAACUAUAAAACCAAUUGGAGGAGGUAACAAAAGGAAGGUUGUGAUAGUUGUUGCUACUUCUAUAGCAAGUGCACUGUUUGUUUUGUUUGUGCUACUUUUGAUUCUUGUCAUUCGCGGUAAGAGAAACUUAAGAGCUUUACAACAUAAAGCUACAGUCAGCAGGGAAAAUCCAUUCUCAAUAUGGCACUUUGAUGGCAAAAUCAUGUAUGAUGACAUAAUUGAAGCACCUGAGAACUUUCAUGAGAAAUACUGCAUAGGUGCAGGAGCAUUUGGAAAAGUCUACAAGCUGAUAUUGCGAGGGGAGGAUAAAGUAUUUGCUAUAAAAUAG